CAGCACAAGGGAGUUACAACAAGAGUGGCACCAUGAGGGCUGCUGGAGUGAUACUGUGGCCCUAGCCUAGGAUGACCCAUGAUCUUUGGCUAUGGUGUGAGGAUUGUCAGAAAGGACAUGAAGGAGAUUGCGAGGAACACGGUCCAUUGACGAAAGUGGCAGACACAGAGGUAUCCACAAGAGCACGUCGGUCUAUACCACACAUCCUGAAGCUGAAGGAAGACAUCGCCCACACGGGAGUUUAUGCGAGACAGUUGCUGACCAAAAGGCUGCAGUUUGGUCCCCUGCAGGCUGAGAAAAUUUUUGCGGGUAGUCAGCAGGUGGCAGUUGAGGAGGAAAUAAAGGAGAGGUUUGGUAUUGUGUUCAAGAUCACCCAGGAGGAAGGGGACUACCUCCUCCUUGACACACAGCAAGAGGAGCGCAGUAACUGGAUGAUCUUCGUGCGUCCGGCAGAGAGAAAGUCAGAGCAGAAUUUAGUGGCAUUCCAGUAUAAAGGAGAUAUUUAUUUUGCGACAAUUAAGGAAAUACCAGCACAAUGUGAACUCAAAGUAUGGUUUUCAAAGGACUAUGCUGAGAGGAUGGGAACAAGAAUACUUGCUGAGGAGGGUGUUUCUUGGCAGUUCCGUACUCGUCAGAGAUUUCGUUGUCGUGGGUGUGAGGUUGUGUUUAGCAGUGCGGCCAGCUUGUCAAAUCACCGCUGUUCCCGGGCGCAGAUAACACAGAAAGGCGAGACCCCAGCCACUCGGGGCAAGCAGGCGAAGAAGAGCACCAGGAGAGGAGGAAGCAGCCAGCCGACUCCCACGCCCUCCACUUCAGGUAAGAGGUCAAGCGCCAGCAGGGUUGAGCCGCCCACAUCACAGCCAGAGAAGGCCAAAGCAAGUGUCAAGGAGGAGCUGAAGUCGCCCGCGUCCACCUCAGAAUCGGAGGAGUCGGAGGUCUUCUCCCUCUCUCCAGAGAGGAGAAGCCCGCGGUCCAGCCCUAGGGGGCGUGGAAGUGGAUACACGUGUACGGUUUGCCAAAAGGUUUUUCAUAGCCCUGGAAAGCUAAAGCAGCACUCCUAUUCACAUACGGGAGAAAGACCUUUUUCCUGUGACCUCUGCCAUAAGGCAUUUUCAUCUCGUUUUAAGUUAGUGCGGCAUCAGCUGAUCCACACGACUGAGCGCCAGCACCAGUGCCCAUCAUGUGAGCGUAGUUUUCACCGCAAGGACCACUUGAAGAAUCAUAUACAGAUUCAUGACCCAAACAAACAGUUCAAAUGUGAGAGGCCUGAUUGUGGCAAGGAGUACAAUUCUUAUAUGUCCUAUAGAAAACAUUGUGCAGUGCAUGCUGCAGAAGAAGGAGAUCUUCAGUGUAAAAUUUGUCAAAAAAUGUUUGAAACAAAGGCAGACCUCAUCUACCACCUUAAGGUUCAUGUUGGAUCUAGGUCUGUCAAGAGUCCAAGUGAAAAGAAGUUUCAGUGUGAUCACUGUGAACGUCGUUUUUUUACCCGAAAAGAUGUUAAAAGACACCUUGUUGUUCACACUGGAAAACGAGACUUUAGUUGUUCCUUAUGCCCACAGAAGUUUGGAAGAAAAGACCACCUAGUUAGACACAUAAAGAAAAGUCAUGGAAUUUCGGACAUAAGUCGUAUGGAAGGUUUGGAACUGAGUGCUACUCCCGGGUCAUCCUCUGCUCCUCAAGCACCGUCUCCUAGUGCAAGCAUCGCCUCAUCCCCCCCUACCUCUGAACACCAGCAGUUGCCUAUGGUACUUUUACCUGAACCAGUAGCAGGUCCCUCAGGCCUCUCUGGCUCGGCAAGUAUGACAGGUGCUACAGGCCUUAUCGGAGCAGGGAGUGAGCCAGAGUUCAUCACCCCCCACUUCCAACAAGAGUUCCGAUUGUUUGAAGAGAGCAUCAAGGAGGAGCCCGAGCUGCAACCCAGCGUGGAAGAGAUCGGCCCGGGGGGAGAUGACCUCAGCAAGAUGCUGGGGAUGUAUUUCCCAUCAGGAUCUAUCAACUUGUCAGGAACAUCCUUGUUGGAGCCGGCAGCAGCUCAGCGUGCUGAAGUAGAGUCCCAACGAAGCUUACUGGAGUCAGCCCUCUUGCGUAUGACGCCGGACGACCAAAAGGAGACUGUGAUGCUAGGGCAGGAGGAGAGCUUUUCUAGAGAGUCUCUGCACACCAGAUCCCUCUUCUCGGGGUCCCAGAGUGGGGACUUUAGUCAGGAAGGAAUGAUGUCAGCAGAGCUCCUCUCGGGCGACUCUUCAGGUGUUUCUGGGAGGUCUGUGCAUUCCCCAGCAACACCCCUGGCCCAACCUCAAGGGAGUGAGAUUCCUGCUGUCACAACUGCCGCCACGACCACAAGUGCCGCAGUCACCACAACUGCCUCGCUUCUGCCCUCACUGCCAGGUUUUGACCAAGUGUUCCCAUAGUGGAUGCGGAAUCUGUGAUACAAGCAGAGAUUGUACCUUGACUUACACAGGGAAGGAAUUAAAAGUGCACAUGGAAGUAGUCUAACAUAAACAGGCAGGGUUCUUGUUUUUUCUUCAUCUUCAUAUACUUCUUCUUUUCUUGUAAGAUGAUAUGAACACGUAUGCAUGUAUGUAUGUAUAAAUAGGAAGACAGUAUGCUGAAAUAUCUAGUGGAUUUCCGAAGAGGUAUGAAGACCACUGGCAUCAAGUCCCUCCCCCCCUUUUUUUCUUCCAUUUACUCUUUUUUUCUCCUUUUAUGUUAAUUAUAGUAAUUAUUUUAUAUAUAUAAACCUUUUUUAAUUCAUUUUAAGAAGAAAAUGCUUAUUUUCAUGACCUUUUAUGUAGUGCCAGAUUAGUUUUAAGUGUCUGCUGCAAUAUUGAGUCAUUAGAUUAUUCAUCUUCCCCAGGUACUGAAAUUUAUAGUAACAGAAAAGAUUCAUAUUUUUCUUUAACCUUUCACGAAGUAGGAAAAGAACUGCUUUUCCCAGAUGGUAUGAGUCUCUCAGAAGGUGCUUCCAUUCUUCUUUCUUUUAUGGAAAAUGAACAGAGAAUGGUAACCCAGUGACCAAAUUACAAAAUACACUCUAGAUAUAUGUAGAGGAGUCCCUUACUGUCAUGUCACUUGCAGAGUGAAGUACCUGAUUGGCAAAAUCCCAAUUUUUUGUAUUGUAUUGCAGUAGUCAUUGUGUCUGUGUAGUUCCUGUAGUUUGUAACAACUUUUGUUUUGUUUUUAUUUUUUUUUAUUUUUUUUAAUUUUUUUUUUUUUGUGUCCCAUGGUUUUGCUUUUUUUCCUUGGAUACCUUUUAUAGUUUUAUUUGCUUAAGAUAAUGGAAAUAUUUUUCUUCAAGACUAAAUCCCUCUUCUACCUCUGAUAGGCUUAAGGAAGUUUGUAAGGAAACAGGAGUACAAAGUUGUUGGUUUAGGAAGCAGGUGACUGACACUUCGGCCGUCAGUUAUAUAGGUCAGGUCAGGUCAGGUCAGGUCUGUUGCCACUAUUUUGGAUAAACUUGUAUUGUUUGUAGAGUUGAUACGUAUUGCGUAAAGGCAGCAUUUUGGGAACACUGCUUCUCAAUGAUUUUAUUUUUCUUAUAUUGGGAAAAGUAGGUUAUGUAUUAUUAUUAUUUUUUUUUAGCUAAUAAUAAUUUGUAACUGGUAAUCUUACCUUGAUUGUCAUAGAUAAUAAAAAAAAAUCUGUUAUUGAGUACAGUAGGUUAUGCUAAAAUUUGUAUUUAGAAUACAUAGUGGAGUAUUAUGUUACCGGUAUCUGAUAACAAAGAAAUGGGUCUUUUUUUAAAAAAUACAAAAAGUUGGAAAAAUAUUUUCCGGGAAAAGGAAGUAUGUGUCCAUGGAUUACACAUUGACAUUUGGAAAGGUAAUGAAAAAUAUAUAUCAAAACCCAUCUUGUAUAUAACAGACAGAAAAUAUACUAAAGGACUAUUAGUACAUUUCUCCACAUUGUUAUUCAACUGGGACGCGUAAAACGUUAGAUAUUUUGAUUUCCAACAGUUGAAAAUACACAAAAAAAAGAAAGAAUACUCCCAGUAAAAGCACAGCCUCAUAUCCUAAGGAGAGGCAACCCAGUCCUCAAGUAACGGUGGUGCCACACUAAGAUAUAGUUUACAUUGCAAACACACUUCAGAAUGUAGCUGUUAAUUUUAUAAGGUAUAAUUGUUUUUUACCUUAUUGAAAAUAUUAUGUAUUUUGCAUUUUUUCUUCUUUUCUUUUCUUUUUUUUGUAGUAGACUUAUUUGAUAAUUUGUAAGUCCUUUUUAAAAGCAAUUUAUAUUUUUUAGAGAGAGAUUAUGAAAGUAUGCAUUAUUUAGAUGUAUUAAAUCUUCUAAGAUUUGUAAAAGAAAAAUGCACUAGUUAGGUAUUCAUACAUCUACAAAUUUUAAAUUUUAAGUGUUCUGUUUUAUCUAUGUUUACUUUCUUUUAUAUAAUUGGUAAAUAGCAGGGUGACAUAAAUGUUAUGGGCAUUACAAUAGUUACUACACAAAGUACAGUAGAUCUUGUAUCCUUUGAGAAAACAUUGUCAGGUCCAAAGUUUCAAUGUUUUUCAUAAUGUGUGUUAUAUUCUCAAACUAAGAGUGAAAAAUGGCCAAGAAUUUCCAAAACAGAUGUCAAGACUGACUUUAAAUUUCCUGGUACUUCUUUCCCAGUGACUUUCUUUUAUUAUUAUUAUUAUUAUUAUUAUUAUUAUGAUUAUUAUUAGACAAGCUGUGAAAUCAGCAAAUUUUACAAUUAUUAGUAGAUGUUUAGAGGACAAUGCAUGCACUCAAGAUUUUUCUUUCUUUCUUCAGGAUAACUAGAAAUCCUCAGUUGUGCUACUUGAAGUGUUGUUUUAUGACUCUUAAGGAACAAGACAAAAAGGCAGGAUUGAUUCAGAAAGCCUAAGUCGAAUGCUGUGUUUAGGGAUGUGUUAAGAAAAGAGGCUUUUUUUUUUUAUUUUUUAUUCAUUCUUUCUAUCUGUCUUUUUUGUCCCUUUGAUAGGUUUAGAUGCAUUCUUCACAUGUCUCUACUGUAGGUAAGGUAUCUUAUGCAUUCCUGUUUUUCAGUGGCUAACUCAUACUGAAAAAAAUUGUCAUAGUCAUUUUAUCUUGUAUUAGAAGAUGCAACAUAAGGGGGAGAAAAAGAGAGAGAGAGAGAGAGAGAGAGAGAGAGAGAGAGAGAGAGAGAGAGAGAGAGAGAGAGAGAGAGAGAGAGAGAGAGAGAGAGAGAGGUAGAGA